AUGGCACCCUUCGAAGCCGCCUACGAAUCUGCAAUAGACGCCGGCAUACUCCCCGGUGUCGUCCUUCUCGCGGCUGAUGUAACUGAAAGUUUCACCUACACCAACGCCAUGGGCGUGCAGUCCCUUGGUGUCGAAAAUGCCAGCAAGCCCCUCGAGCCGGAAACCAUUAUGGCAAUAGCCUCCUGCACUAAGCUGUUCACUGCUAUUGCGGUCCUCCAAUGCGUUGAGGACGGCCUCUUCACCCUCGACGAAGACGUCACCCGUUUGCUCCCUGAAUUAGCCGCCAUCCCCAUCAUCUCCAACCCCAUCGAUCCCACAACCAACCAAUUUACCCUCAGACCAAGAGAGAACCCGAUGACCGUCCGCCACCUUCUAACCCACUCCUCCGGCCUCGCUUACGAGCUAUUCUCCCCGCUUCUCGUCGCAUGGCGCACCUCCCGCAAUGAAAUCCCCAGUUCCGGCCCCACGGUCGAAACCCGCGCCAACCACCCUUUACUCUUCGAGCCCGGCACCGCUUGGAUGUACGGCCUCGGCGCCGACUGGGCCGGCAAGCUCAUCGAACGGACAACAGGCCUUUCCCUUGAAGACUACAUGUCUUCACGCCUGUGGAGUUCUCUGGGCCUAACCGACGUGACGUUCUGGCCGCGCACGAAACCCGACAUGGCCGGGCGGAUUGCCGAGAUGAGCACGUGGAACCAAGACGGGAAAUGCGUGUCGCUGGGUGAGGACUUCGACCUCAACAACGGCCCGACGGACUGCCUAGGUGGCAGUGGGUCGUUUGGGUCGGCGCGGGAUUUUUUCAAAUUCAUGCAAGCGGUUCUGCGACGGGAUGAGAGGUUAUUGAAGAAGUCCAAGUCGUGGGAGGAGUUGUUCCGGCCUCAGCUCACGCCGGAGAGUAAGGAGGCUCUGCAGAGAUUGCUGGAGAGUAGUAAAUGGUUUGAUAUCGAGCUGGGGGCCAAUAUUCCGCUCGAUGGUGCCAAGAGUUGGAGCCUGGGCGGUUUGGUGUCAUUGGAUGGGUAUGACGGGUGGUUCAGCAAGGGUACAAUGCUUUGGUCAGGUCUGCCUAAUCUCAGAUGGUUCAUAGAUCCGAAGGAGGGGCUGUGUGGGUUGGUGGCAACACAGCUGAUUGCGCAUGAGGCAAAAGCUAUUAAAGAGCUGUCGGUUCAGUUUCAGAAGGGAGUUUAUGAAUUGUUUGCGCUUUCGAAGGUAUAG